CUUUCUCGCCCCUUGCGCGGCGGGACCCCAGCUGAGCGGAGCGGAGAGGGUCGCCCUGCCGGGCCAGUGCCCCACUGAGGAUGCACGUUCCUGCUAGAGGUAAAUAAAGAUCCAGCCUACUCCGCCCCAGAGGGAGGAGAGAAAGCGCGAGCGGGGAGGAAAAGGGGCGAAGGACGCCGAGGAGCAAAGGCCACCCCCGAGGUUCUCGGCGCGUUUGGAUCGGGGCGCGGAGAAAUGGCCGGCUAGAGAGCGAAUCCCAGCCCCGCGCGAGCUUGGGUGGCGGUGGAUUGUCCUCGGGAAAGCGAGCUCCGUUUCUGGAUUACAAAACAGGAAGACAGAGACUCUGGCUGGCUCUGUACGUGACUCAUUGAUCUCCGGACUUGGGAUUCGUACAGGAUGCCGAUUCUGAAGCAGUCCCCCAUCUCCCAGUCAAAGAAGAGGCCCCGCAUCGGCCGGGACAUGAUCAGCGCCCCGCUGGGAGAUUUCCGGCACACCAUGCACGUCGGCCGGGGCGGGGACGUCUUUGGGGACACCUCCUUUCUCAGCAACCACGGGGGCCCCAAGGCCAAUGGGCUGCCCCCCGCCACCGAGGCCCUGGCGCCGGCUCAGUCCCCCAGCCGCCUCUCGGGGUCCUCCGGCAGCCCGGCUGAUUUGGGGGGUGUCCCGGGCAUCCUGGAUUUGCCCCCCACUUCCUGGGAGGGGGAACUGCAACAGGCCGAGUCCCUGUUCUCCUUCGAGUUGGAUCUAGGGCCAUCUAUUCUGGAUGAGGUGUUGGGGGUCAUGGACAAGGGUGGGGAGCAGCCCCAGAGCGAGGACGUCAGGCCGGAGAGGCCGGUGGGGGGACAGGGGCUGGGCCAUGGGGUGGCUCCCCAGGCAGGGGAGGAGGAAGAGGAGGAAGAAGAGGAGGAGGAGGAGGAAGGCACCAGGCAUGGAUACACAUUUGACGAUGAGCUGGAUGAUGAGAUUGGGCUAUAGGAGAGCGGGUUCAGCUCCCCUCCCAUCCCUCCAUUCCCCCCUAUUCCCUCCACCCCUCCAUCUGUCUGCUACCUUGUCCCUUCAUCCACGCCUCUCCUGCUUCAGCCACCCCCCCUUCCCUUGUGUGUGUUCUUUCUUUCUUUUCCUCUUUCAUUCUUCCUUAUCCUUCUCUUUCUUUUGCUCCUG